AUGUUUCCGUCACCGGCACAAAUACUGCGCUAUUCGUUCCAGCAGCAUCCCGGCAUCACAGACGAUUCGUCGCGACAGAGAGUGUCCUCUACGUCGUUCAACGGGCCAUUGCCCUCCAGGGGGGAGAGAUCAGCCAAUGGAUUCGAUCAAGGAUCUCUCGAAGAGUUUCACGCAUCUCGUCUGUUUCGAGAGCCAGUCUUGGCAUCAACAGCUGCGGCGUCGACAGAUUCCACGAUAACUUCUCCCGCCGUAAAUCUUCCACCUGGAGACUUCACCACCGACACAAACACCAGCGCACCUAGACGUCGAGGAGACGAAAACCCGCGAGCAACGAACAACAAUCAGACUCGGCCAGUGGUUGCAGAAAGGGCGCCAGCCCCGAGCUAUGUCCCUUACGUUGAUUCUACUCCCGUGACGAGAAUGUUUGCCACGCAAGACGCCGGGCUGCCGCCCAGCUACUACGCGCACCCGAACCCCUCUCACUUGGACAGCUUUGGCGAAGAUGUCCUCGAUCCGCCCCCUCUAUACGACUGGGCAGUGAUGAUGGGGGACAGAGACCAGCAGGAGGAACAGCAGCCAACUCCACCACGGCAAGAUGUCGACGACCAAGCAACGUCGUCGGUCAUCGCCUCUGAAGUCUCGCAGAGAGCUUUCUCCUAUGGUACCAUUAGUGCUGACAUCAUGGCCGACUUCGACUUUCCUCAACCACCACCAAAGACGACGGCCGCGGUCAGGGACCUCACGGUAGCAUCUUCGUCGUCUUCUACUCCUCAAAGAGGCUAUCGACCGACAGCGGCAUCCAUUCUAGAUGGCUUUGAUCCUGCGCCUUUCUCUCCCCAAACAACCGGCGGCAGCAACAGCACCGCUGCAAGCACGCCCCCCAUGAUGUCUCCUCCCAUUCGCCCCAGAUCGGCCUCGCUUCUGGGAACAAACAACCCGUACAUCGCCCUCCUCGAGCAGAAGGAGCAGGCGAUGACGGUCGCUUUUCUGCGCACCCAUGACGUCGCCACUGGAUCCCGCUCGACAGAUCUCGCUGCCGACGAUUUCAGUUUCGGUCAGCGCUACCAGAGAGCCGCUGACACGACAGACGUCGUAGUUACGAGGCAAAGGCUACCAGCGAAUGACCUGGGCGGAUCAAGAGAGUGUCCUAUAUGCGCGGAGACUAGAGAGGCUUCGGAUUUUCCGAUCCUUAGCGUUACUUCGAUGUGUACUCACCCACCAGAGGCAUGCCUGGAAUGUCUCCAGAUGUCAAUCAGAUCAGACUUGAAUAGCAAACUCUGGACCGAGAUUCGAUGCCCCGAGUGUCGAGAGCUCCUCGAAUACGUCGACAUUCAGAAGUACGCAGACGAGGAAACGUUCGCCCGAUAUGAAGCCUUGGCUCUACGCGCAGCCAUGGCUGAAGCUGAGAACUUCAUCUGGUGCACUGCUAACUGCGGCUCCGGUCAGCUUCACGACACGGGCACCGAGCAGCCGAUUGUUUCCUGCCUGCAUUGCGGCCAGAGAUCUUGCUUUACUCACAACGUCACGUGGCACGAGAACUUGACAUGCGAGGAGUAUGACUCGCUGCUUCGCGAUCCCGAGAACUUUCGAUCGAGGAUUGAAAUGGAGCACGAGCAGAUGGAUGCUGCAAAGCGUAUCCAGGAAGACGCCGACCGCGCCAUGGCUCAGGGUCUCAUGGCUGAACAACAGGCAGAGAUUCAAGAGCAGGAAGCACGAGAGCGAGCCGAGCGAGAGAGGGCAUUAAGAGCCACGGCACUGGCACGAAAGGUCGCGGCCCGGCGCAAAGAAGAAGAGGACCAAAGCAAGGUCACUGUGAGUAGGACGACGAAGCCUUGCCCCGGUUGUGGGUGGGCGAUAGAAAAGAACGCAGGAUGUUCGCACAUGACUUCAUGA